AUGGCCACUGUUGUUGGACUAAGGUUUCCAUUGCCUGUGUUGGGUUCUGUUUCUGUUUGCUACUCUUCAACCUUUGCCACUACUCUGUCAAGAGCACCAAUAAAGAAGUUGAAUCUGAAAGUUAAGGGUCCUCGUCGCAUGGUUCUGGGCCUUGGAGUUUCCUUCUUCUCUCAGUUUAUGACUAUGGCUGGUUCUAUGGGUAGCAGGUCCUUCUUUGCCUCCGCUAGGAUAACGGGUGGUCCCUCUGUGGAUGAGAUACUGAAGAAUGUCGAAUGGCCCGAGCAGUUCCCCUUUAAGGAGGAGGAUUUCCUGCGCUUUGAUGAGACAUCAGAUUCCUUGUUCUACGAAGCACCUCGUUUUGUGACACACAUUGAUGACCCUGCAAUUGCUGCUCUGACUAAGUAUUACUCCAAAGUUUUCCCACCUAGCAACACUCCUGGAGUUAGCAUCUUGGAUAUGUGUAGUAGUUGGGUCAGCCAUUUUCCAUCAGGAUACAAGCAAGAACGAGUGGUGGGAUUAGGCAUGAAUGAAGAAGAGCUGAAGAGGAACCCAGUUCUCACAGAGUAUGUUGUGCAAGACUUAAAUGUGAACCCCAAACUCCCAUUUGAGGAUAACUCCUUCGACAUAAUCACUAAUGUGGUCAGUGUUGAUUACCUUACAAAGCCUCUUGAUGUUUUCAAGGAGAUGGGCAGGGUACUGAAGCCAGGUCGACUAGCCAUAAUGAGCUUUUCAAACCGAUGCUUCUGGACAAAAGCCAUUUCUAUAUGGACAUCAACUGGGGAUGCUGAUCAUGUUAUGAUUGUUGGAUCAUAUUUCCAUUAUGCUGGAGGAUUUGAACCUCCGCAGGCUGUGGAUAUAUCUCCUAAUCCUGGACGCUCAGAUCCUAUGUACAUUGUGUACUCUAGGAAGCUCUCUACUGCUUGA